UCAGGCACCGGUUACAACCCCGAGCCCGAUGAACUCCACUCUGGAAGAUGUUGUCGCCAAUUUCAGUGUUAUUAUCGUCACCACUGGUUGCAGAUCUUGGGACGUCCGAGCAAAAUCUUGGGUUUCUAAUGGAUGCACGGUUUUACCAAUGAGUACUAUUAACGAAACAAUAUGCAGAUGCCCCAAUCCCUCAACAGGGAGCAUUUUCGCAUCCACUUUCUACGUACCACCCAACAUGAUUGAUUUCAACACUGUGUGGGGUAAAUUUGAUCCUUCAAAUGCAGCUGUUUAUGGAACAGUGAUUGCUCUUUUGGUUAUUUACGUCAUAUCAGCGAUCUUUUUACGAAGAGAGGACAAAAAAGAUAUUGAAAGGUGGGCCAUCCAUUUUUUGGUGGACAGUGACUCUACUGAUGAGUAUUUCUACAUGAUAACCGUCCACACUGGUCUCAGACGAGGGGCAGGAACAAAGUCCGUGGUCAAUUUUGUCCUGGCGGGUGACGAAGACGACUCCGGAGUAAGAAUCCUCAGCGACGGUGUAAAAGAGGGAUUUGACACCGGAAGUGUUAAGAAGUUCAUUAUGGGUACAAAGGAGAAACUUGGUGGAUUAACUUACAUACGUAUAUGGCAUGAUAACUCUGGUUCUGGGGAUUAUCAGAAUUGGUACCUCAACAAAAUUGUAGUGGACGACCCUCAAACAAAUACCAGAUACGUCUUCCUUUGCGAUCGAUGGCUGGCAUUGGAUCAAGACGAUGGUCAGGUGGACAGAGUCGUCCCGGUUUGUGGAAGGGAUAAUCUAGUGGCAUUCAAUACUCUAUUUGCCCAGCAUGCUCAGUUCAAUUUAACAGAAAAUCACCUCUGGCUUUCCUUAAUGAUCCGUCCAGAAAGAAGUCCAUUCACAAGGGUUCAGCGGCUGUCAUGCGUGCUUGCUCUAUUAUUCUUAACAAUGAUUGCAAACGCUAUGUUCUUUAAAUCAUCCUCAGAGGAACAAAAUAGUAAUGAAGUCCAGAUUGGUUUUCUACGAUUUUCCAUGUCAACGGUUUAUGUAUCUAUAAUUGGCAUUGUUUUAACUACGCCUCCCAUCAUGUUUGUUACAAUGGUAUUCAAAAAAUGUAAACCGAAGGUUGAAAUAAAACACAAAAACAAGAAAAAGGCCCAAGAGCUUGACAUAAAAGUCAAACAAAACAUGGACAAGGAAUUGAGAAAGAGGGCUUUUAAUGGCGAAGAUUUCUUCACCAAAGAUCAUCUUCCGUUACCACACUGGAUGGCUUAUGUUGCCUGGGUAGUCGUUUGGCUAGCUGUGAUAACCUCGGCAUUUUUCCUUAUUCUGUAUAGUAUGGAAUGGGGCAAAGCAAAGGCUGAAGAAUGGCUCUCUUCUUUUUUCCUUUCAUUCUUUGAAUCCUUGAUUUGUGUUGAUCCUCUAAAGGUAAUAAUAAUAGCAGUUUUACUUGCAAUGCUCUUUAAACAACCCGCAGACGGUGAAACCCCAAAAAUGGAUUUAAAUAAGCUGAAAGCGACAGCAUCUCAGUACAAUUCUGGAUCAGAGCGAAGUUAUAUGGCUUUCGUAAAUGGGAUAUUUAACAAAUCAGAACCGCCCCCUCAGUCAGACCUUGAAAAGCUCAGACAGAAAAGAAAACAAGAACUGAAAGCACAGGAGGCGCUGAUGAAUCUCAUAUUUUAUGCCAUCUUCAUGUUCGUUAUUUACAGUAUCAGCUACGUUGAGCGAGACCAUAGAGCCUUUUUCAUGAAGUCCAACGUAGAUAAUUACUUGGUUGGGCAUGGCAACGGACAGCUGGGCUUCUCAGGGAUCAACAAAACUGCAGACCUCUUCUCAUGGUUGAGUCAGACAUUCAUUCCCACUUUUUACCCUGAGAAUUAUUAUUCCGGUGCCAGUCUGGGAGUCCAAGAUAAAAAGUAUUUUGGAGAUCUGGCAAAUAUCCGAGUUGGGCCGGGACGCCUCAGACAAGUCCGUAUGAGCAAAGGGGAAUGCGAUUACCAUAAAUUAACAUGGCCGCGCUAUUGUGUGGGUUACUACAAUAUGUAUCAAGAGGACGAAAGCGAGUACUGUCUUGGUUGGAACCCAUUUAACGCUACUGCUUGUGACACUACCGAAUACAAAGCCAGAUUUCAAACGUCUGCUGCAUGGAGAUUUACAGAAUCUAUUGACAUCUGGGGUCUUCCAUUAACAGGCGAAUACAAUACCUACGGAGGUGGUGGAUAUAUCCUUAAACUACCAUCAAGUAGACUUCAAGCCCAACAACUUUUGAAAGAACUCCAAGAGUACAACUGGAUUGACAGAGGGACACGUGCUAUUUUAGUGGAAUUUACUCUUUACAACCCCAAUGCUAAUCUGUUUACUUAUGUUACCUAUAUAACAGAAAUAACAGAAAUGGGGGGUUCCUUUAUUUGGACUGAGACAAAUCCAUUCAGACCUAUUGUUUCUCUGAAUGCUAUGGGAACAUUUGCUAUCAUUUGCUAUUGUGUUUACGUUUUGUAUCAGCUCAUUCUCACUUUCAAUACACUAAAAGGGAUUCGAAGAGAUGGACUCUGUAAAUACUAUAAAGUGGUCUGGAAUGUAGUGGAUACUGUAUGCUUAGUUUUGGGAUACAGUGCUAUCACUAUCUUCAUUCUUAGACUAUCCUACACCAACCAGGCCAUGGAUGUCUUUUACGAUGACAAACUUACAGGAGAAAAUAAUUUCAUCAAUUUCUUUCAUAUUGUAGUGUGGGAUAUGCUCUUUAACAUCUUAAUGUCCAUACUCGUGUUUAUUGCAACAUUGAGAAUAUUAAGGAUCCUUGGCUAUAACCAGAAACUGACGGAAAUAAUAACCGUAGUUACUAAUGCGGCUAAAGAAAUCAUUGGUUUCGGCGUUGUUUUUGGAAUGGUGUUUGGUGGAUAUGUCAUUUUCGGGUAUCUUAUUUUCGGACGUUCCCUUUACGAAUAUAGGAGCAUUUUUACUUCUUGGGGAACUCUUACCAACGCUUUAAUUGGCAAGAACAGUUUGGAUACCAUGAUCAAUGCAGCCCCACAACUUGCACAAUUCUACUACUUUACAUACGUUUUCUGUGUCCUUUUCACGCUUAUUACCAUGUUUGCAGCCAUUCUUAACAAAAGUAUUACUGAGGUCAGAAAUGAUUCUGCCGCACAAGGAGACAUGUUUGGCAUUAUUGAUAUGCUGACGAAGUCUUUAAAGGACAUCAUUGGUAUUGCAUACAAAACUGACAGAUCCUUGUCUAAAAAUGCUGAUGCAAAGAAAAAAUACAUGCAAAGUAUUGGUAUGAACGCUAAGUUUGAUGCUCCAAACAUUCUGCGACUGGUACGCACUACUCUUGGCGAAGUCAACAAUGGAGAGGGCAAAUUGCUAACGCAACAACACAUGGAGAAUUCCAGCUCAGAGAAUCUUCUUCUAAAUAAGUUAGAUCCGUACUCACAAAGUAGAUCGUUCUCCAGGGCAUCAGGAGCGGAAACUCCAGGAGAUAUAAGUCUGGCAUUCUAUGACACCAAGCGUUAAUCUGAAACUCUAAAAUCUCCUGUAGAGGUUGUUGACUUCAGUAAUAUCUGCAGUUGUUACAUUUUACAUUCUAGUUACACUAUUUUGCUGGUGUUAAAGAUGACUAUGUUUCGUAACCGCAUUGUUAAUUUGAAUCUCAUUCCCACACGGAUGCAAAUAUUUGUGUUUACUGAUAUUGAUUUUUUGAUUGUUUUUAAUUUUAAAAAAAAUGUUUUCUACGUAGAGAAUUGCUGUUUUUACUCUGAUAGAUAUGCAUUAUUGAUUAGGAGUUGGUACAGUAUUUUCUUACAUCUAUCAGCAUAAUUUGUUAUGUUUACAAACCAGUAAUUCUGUGUAAGAAAUGUUUCAUUAGUGUUUGUUAAAAUUGUAUCUAUAAAUCAUCAGUCAUUGUAUUUCUGUUUGACGUCAUAUUAUUACGCCUUCUCUAAACACUUGUUCAUCACCAAGAGUCAGUGGUUGUGUAAGAGGUGUUCAAGUUGGAUUUGCUUUACCAGCAUCAUCCAUUAAAUAUGAAUAAAAUAAGGCAUAUUAUAAGGUUAUAAUCGCUUUGCUUUAAUUGGAGACGGCCACUAAUAAUUGGUGAUAAACAUACGAUGUCUCUUCAGAUUUUCUUGAAAAAAAAGGAAACACUGUGAUAUAGUAUAUGUAUAUAGAUUUGCAAUAAAGAACCUCAAAACUUAC